GACUUUCCAAGCAGUACAUAUCUCUCUCUCUCUCUCUCUCUCUCGCACUAGCUCUCGCUCAGACACACAGUAUGAAGACUUGUCUCUGCCUCAUUUUGGCCAGUUUGGCAAGUGUAGCCCUGGGCCGACCGGAGCCACCCCUGCCGUCCUCGUACUUCCCCUCGGGAUCCGACUCAUCCGGUGGCAACUAUCCGGCGGCCAGUUACGGACCACCGCAGCAGCAGCAGCCGGUCAUCCACAAGCACGUGUACGUGCACGUACCGCCACCCGAGGCACCGGAGUACAAGGCUCCGAAGUACGUGGCCCCGGCGCCGCCGCCCCAGAAGCACUACAAGAUCGUGUUCAUCAAGGCCCCGACCCCGCCUACACCCACGGCUCCGGCUCUGCCGCCGCUGCCACAGCCCGACGAGGAGAAGACUCUGAUUUACGUGCUGGUGAAGAAACCCGAGGAACAGCCCGAGCUGGUUAUUCCUACCCAGGCGCCCACUCAGCCCAGCAAGCCCGAGGUCUACUUCAUCAGAUACAAGACUCAGAAGGAUCAGCAGGGCGCCUACGGACCACCAAACGCGACGCCCGGAACCCCGAUCGACAACUACGGCCCACCAAGCGGCGGCAACGACGGACCCUAUUAACGCCGGCGAAGCUGAAAAAGUGAAAACGCAUCGUCUCUCGCUCUCCGCGCGGACGAUCUAGAUUUUUCCAACAACUGUACAAUGCGCGCAGCUCCUUUCUCCAUUAUAUGCAGCAGCGCGAUCAACGAACCGCCAACUGCGCGCGCGAUUACAAAAACUUGCGACGCCGCAAGUGGUGCAUCAGCGCGUUAUACUUACGCGCGCGAAGCAUCUCCAACCACCGCGACUUUUUUCUAUAUACCUACACACACACACACACACACACACUCUCGCAGUUUCGUAAUCGCCCUCGCGCUCGGCUAUUCUUCCACAAUGCUGCUGUACUUAUAUAGUGUUGUAUACAUGAAAACUUAGUUUAUUGUCCCUCUCCUCGAUCUGUCUGUAUAUACUAUUUUUUACACUAUGCAUUUUUGUAUACCGAUGAUGUCAAUUAAUUUUAUACUAUACAUGAAUGUACGUUUGUUUGUUUGUUUUUUCUUUUUUUUUUUAUACUUUUGUACGUAAAACGAGGAAAAAAAAAUCAUAAGUGACUCACGCGAUUUUGUUCGGUCGUUAUGAGAAAAUACAAUAUUUUUUUAUUAAUCACAAAA